GCGUCUUUUUUGCCUUUCCCCUCCCAUCUCCCCGGAUCGGUGGACGUGCUCACCUCCGCCGCGGGCCAAGUCUAUGUCCCGCUUUCCCGCUGUCGCGGGCAGGGCGCCACGGCGACAAGAGGAAGGAGAGCGGUCCAGAGAGCCCCAGGAAGAGCGGCCUUCGGCGGUUUCCAUCGCUGACAGAGAAGAGAAAGGAUGCACAUCACAGGAGGGAGGAACUACUCCAACUUUUCCUAUUCAAAAACAAAGAAAAAAGCUUAUUCAAGCUGUGAGGGACAAUUCAUUCCUUAUUGUUACUGGAAAUACAGGAAGUGGUAAAACAACUCAACUGCCAAAAUAUCUAUAUGAAGCAGGGUUUUCACAACAUGGUAUGAUCGGUGUGACUCAGCCACGAAAAGUAGCGGCCAUAUCGGUUGCUCAGAGGGUUGCUGAAGAAAUGAAAUGCACUUUGGGGUCCAAAGUAGGAUACCAAGUUCGUUUCGAUGAUUGCAGCUCUAAGGAAACAGCAAUCAAAUACAUGACUGAUGGAUGUUUAUUGAAACAUAUUCUGGGAGAUCCAAAUCUUACCAAGUUCAGUGUCAUUAUUUUGGAUGAAGCCCACGAGAGAACUCUAACUACAGACAUCUUAUUUGGUUUAUUGAAGAAGCUAUUUCAAGAGAAGUCUUCUAACAGGAAGGAGCAUUUAAAGGUCGUGGUGAUGUCAGCAACUAUGGAAUUAGCGAAGCUCUCUGCAUUCUUUGGAAAUUGUCCAAUAUUUGAUAUACCUGGAAGGCUUUACCCGGUCAGAGAAAAAUUCUGCAAUUUGAUUGGCCCACGAGAUCGGGAAAAUACUGCCUAUAUUCAAGCGAUUGUGAAAGUGACCAUGGAUAUCCAUUUGAAUGAAAUGGCUGGAGACAUCUUGGUUUUUCUGACUGGUCAGUUUGAAAUCGAAAAAAGUUGUGAGUUACUUUUUCAGAUGGCAGAGUCUGUGGAUUACGAUUAUGAUGUUCAAGACACCACACUAGACGGGUUGUUAAUAUUGCCAUGUUAUGGAUCCAUGACAACAGAUCAACAGAGGAGAAUAUUUUUGCCACCUCCACCUGGAAUUAGAAAAUGUGUCAUAUCUACUAAUAUUUCUGCCACAUCUUUGACAAUAGAUGGAAUCAGAUAUGUGGUAGACGGUGGCUUUGUGAAACAGUUAAAUCACAAUCCCAGAUUGGGGCUGGACAUCCUGGAGGUGGUUCCAAUUUCAAAGAGUGAGGCGUUACAGCGAAGUGGCCGAGCUGGUAGGACUGCCUCAGGAAAAUGCUUUCGGAUCUAUAGUAAAGAUUUCUGGAACCAGUGUAUGCCUGACCACGUGAUCCCUGAGAUUAAGAGAACUAGUUUGACAUCUGUAGUUCUGACCUUAAAGUGCCUUGCCAUACACGAUGUUAUAAGGUUUCCCUAUUUGGACCCACCUAAUGAGAGGCUUAUUUUGGAAGCUCUUAAACAACUUUACCAGUGUGAUGCUAUUGACAGGAGUGGCUAUGUGACCAGACUGGGUUUGUCCAUGGUGGAGUUUCCUCUCCCUCCGCAUCUGACCUGUGCGGUUAUAAAGGCUGCCUCUCUGGACUGUGAAGAUCUGCUGCUUCCGAUCGCAGCCAUGUUGUCUGUGGAGAAUGUCUUCAUUAGACCUGUUGAUCCAGAGUACCAGAAGGAAGCAGAGCAGAGACAUCGAGAAUUGGCAGCUAAAGCUGGAGGAUUUAACGACUUUGCAACGUUAGCUGUCAUUUUUGAGCAGUGCAAAUCAAGUGGAGCUCCAGCGUCCUGGUGCCAAAAACAUUGGAUUCAUUGGAGGUGCUUAUUUUCUGCGUUUCGUGUUGAAGCUCAACUUCGAGAACUGAUCAGGAAGCUUAAACAGCAAAGUGAUUUCCCAAGAGAGACCUUUGAGGGCCCUAAACACGAAGUACUGCGAAGAUGUCUUUGUGCAGGCUAUUUUAAAAAUGUAGCUCGAAGAUCUGUUGGAAGAACGUUUUGCACAAUGGAUGGGCGUGGAAGCCCAGUUCACAUUCAUCCUUCCUCAGCACUUCAUGAACAGGAAACCAAACUUGAAUGGAUCAUUUUCCAUGAGGUAUUAGUUACCACCAAAGUCUACGCAAGAAUUGUGUGUCCAAUUCGUUAUGAAUGGGUGAGAGACUUGUUACCGAAGUUGCAUGAAUUUAAUGCACAUGAUUUGAGCAGUGUGGCCCGACGUGAAGCAAGAGAAGAUGCAAGAAGGAGAUGGACAAAUAAGGAAAAUGUAAAACAUCUAAAAGAUGGAAUAUCAAAAGAAGUCCUAAAGAAAAUGCAAAGGAGAAACGACGAUAAAUCCAUAUCAGAUGCACGGGCUCGUUUCCUUGAGAGAAAGCAGCAGAGGUCCCAGGAUCACAGUGACACAUUGAAGGAAACAGGCUAAGCAGUGAACCCUCCAAUUCAGGAAGUAGGAAAAGCAGCCAAGAAAUGUGCUUCUACUUGCCAUUUGUGUAAGACAGCACUACCAAGAGGAGGUGGUCAGCAGCUGUUUCUAGCAUAGGAGCUGAAAGCACAUCCAAGCUCCUGAAUACCAAUGAAUGGAAUUUUCAAAGAAAAGAUUGGGUUGCCAUGGUCAUAGGCAAUGAUAUAUGAAACCAAUGAAAGACAAUACAUGUGAUAUUUUUCUCACUUCAAUUUUGCUGGCCUUAACUGGUAUCAAUGCUGUCACUGAGAUAUUUUCAAAGAACAUUGAAUUUUAUGUAAUCAGCGUGUAUUCCCUUUGCAUUAAAGUAUUAAAAAUUAUUUUCCUUAAAUCUC